GCUUAAGAAAGUAACGUUAGAUUAAAGAGACGAGAAUCACAGCCACCGUGUGUCACAAUAUGCCUCGAAACCGGGCCUUUUCAGAGCCGGAGUACUCUGCAGAAUAUUCAGCAGACUGUUCAGUGACCCUGCCCUCUGACCCUGGACAGGCAGUUGGACGAACAAAUGAGGUUACCGUUAGGAGCUCCGGAUGUUGCCUCUGCUUGCCAAGGUUCAUGCGCCUGACUUUUGCACCUGAAUCACUAGAGAACCUGUACCAGACCUACUUCAGACGGCAGAGACAUGAGACCCUGCUGGUGCUGGUUGUAUUUGCUGUCCUCUUCGACAGCUACAUCAUCGUGAUGUGUGCAGUGGUCUACACCAGUGACAAGCUGGCCUCUGUUUUGGUGGCAUUGCUGGGACUCGUAGCAGAUGUUCUUCUCUACUUGCUGUGCCGCUGUGGGUUGGUGCCUGACCGUGUCUCGCGGCGAGUCGUGCCCUACACCCUUUGGGUUCUGAUAGCAGCUCAGAUAUUCUGCUACCUGGGUCUGAAUUAUGCUCGCUUCCAUCAAGCCAGUGACACAGUGGGCUGGCAGGCAUUCUUCUCUUUCUCGUUUUUCCUGACGCUGCCGUUGAGGUUGACACCCAUUGUGCUCAUCACCGCUGUAUCCUGUGGGGUCCACACUUUGGUUCUGGGGGUCACCAUUGCCCAGCAGCAGCAGCAGGACAUCCAGGGGGCAGCGCUUGGGAGGCAGCUGCUGGCCAACAUCCUAAUCUACAUUUGUACGAUCAUUGUGGGCGUCAUGUCUUACUACAUGGCUGACCGGAAGCAUCGUAAAGCCUUUCUGGAGGCCAGACAGUCGCUGGAGGUCAAGCUCAACUUGGAAGAGCAGAGCCAGCAACAGGAACGUUUGCUGCUGUCCAUCCUUCCCAGACACAUAGCUGACGAGAUGCUCCAUGACAUGAAAAAAGAGCCCAGUCAGAAAGAGAUGCAACAGUUCAACACCAUGUACAUGUACAGGCAUGAAAAUGUCAGUAUUCUGUUUGCAGACAUCGUUGGCUUCACCCAGCUGUCGUCUUCUUGCAGCGCUCAGGAGCUGGUCAAACUGCUCAACGAACUGUUUGCUCGCUUCGACAAACUAGCUGCUAAAUAUCACCAGCUGAGAAUCAAGAUCCUGGGAGACUGCUACUACUGCAUCUGUGGUCUUCCAGACUACAGGGAGGACCACGCUGCCUCUUCCAUCAUGAUGGGCCUGGCCAUGGUGGACGCAAUCUCGUAUGUUCGUGAGAAAACCCACACAGCCGUGGACAUGAGAGUUGGAGUCCACAGUGGGACGGUUCUGGGAGGAGUUCUGGGUCAGAAGCGCUGGCAGUAUGACGUGUGGUCCACUGAUGUCACUGUGGCCAAUAAAAUGGAAGCUGGCGGAAUUCCAGGUCGGGUCCACAUUUCACAGAGCACCAUGGAGUGUCUUCACGGGGAGUUUGAGGUGGAGCCAGGCAACGGAGGAGAUCGCUGUGACUACCUGAGGGACAGGGGCAUUGAGACCUACCUGGUGCUUGUACCUAAAGGAGCUUCAGGCAGGAAUGGUAUCAGUAGUGUGAAGCUGUCGGUAACAUCUGCCAGUGGAAACUCCCCGCUGCUGGUCAACACCACAGAGUGCAAUGGCAGCGUACACACAGCAGCCACCAUGCCAGAUGAACCAGAGGAGCUGGACACAAAGGUGGUGAAUCCGUCUUUCCCUAAUCCUCGACGGCGGCUGCGACUCCGGGACCUAGCUGAAAGAGUGAUUGAUGCUCAAGAGAAUGAACAGGAACUCAACAAACUCCUCAAUGAGGCUUUGCUAGAAAGAGAAACUGUACAAGCUGUGAAGGGGAAACAUACCAACCGGCUGUCCCUGAGGUUUGUGGAUUCGGAUCUGGAAAGCCGGUACUCGGUGGAGAAGGAGAAGCAGAGUGGAGCUGCCUUCUGCUGCUCUUGUGUUGUUCUCUUCUUCUCUGCAGCCAUGGAAGCUCUCAUCAACCCUUGGUUGAUUGUUAACUACAUCACCUUUGCAGUUGGAGAAGUCCUGCUACUGACCUUGACAAUCUGUUCCAUGGCCGCCAUCUUCCCAAGAGUCUUUCCCAAGAAACUGGUGUCUUUCUCCACUUGGAUCGACCACACUCGCUGGGCCCGUAACACCUGGGCCAUGGCAGCUAUCAUCAUACUUAUUGUGGCUCUUAUUGUGGAUAUGCUGAGUUGUCUGCCACAACUUCCGGAACCAAGUAGCACCACAAGUCCUCAGUUAUCAUCAUCCUCCUUGUCUACCUGGUCCAGUCAGAAAGGUUGCCUGGACAAUCCCAAGUAUUACAGCUACAUCGCUGUGCUGGCACUCAUGGCUACCACCAUGCUGGUUCAGGUCAGUCACAUGGUCAAGCUUACACUGAUGCUGCUCAUCACCAUGGCAACUGGCGUUAUCAACAUCUACAGCUGGAGGGACAUUUUUGACCAUCAUGACAUGACCUGCUUCCAAGAGUACAGGUCAUUCCUUGUGCCCUCCAGGUUCACAUUGACAGUUAUGAUCUUCAUCAUGAUGGUCAGCUUCUAUUAUUUCUCCCGCCAUGUGGAGAAGCUGGCCAGAAUCCUGUUCCUGUGGAAGAUUGAGGUCCAUGAGCAGAAGGAGAAGGUGUGUGAAAUGCGGCGCUGGAAUGAGGCUUUGGUCACCAACAUGCUGCCAGAACAUGUUGCUCGUCACUUCCUGGGUUCCAAGAAGAGAGACGAGGAGCUCUACAGCCAGUCCUAUGAUGAAAUUGGUGUCAUGUUUGCCAGCAUUCCAAACUUCUCCGACUUCUACACCGAGGAGAGCAUCAACAAUGGAGGGAUAGAAUGCUUGCGCUUCCUAAACGAGAUCAUCUCGGACUUUGACAGUUUGCUUGACAAUCCUCAGUUCUGCUCCAUCACAAAAAUCAAGACUAUUGGCAGCACCUACAUGGCAGCGUCAGGUAUGACCCCGGACAUCAGCAACGGCUUCAGCUCUGGAAAGAGGGACAAGCUGUCUGAGUCCGAGCGAUGGCAGCACCUGGCGGACCUGGCAGACUUUGCUUUGGCCAUGAAGGUUACACUGAUGAACAUCAACUACCAGUCAUUCAACAACUUCAUGCUUCGCAUUGGUCUCAAUAAAGGUGGAGUGCUGGCAGGCGUGAUUGGAGCCCGUAAACCUCACUACGACAUCUGGGGCAACACUGUGAAUGUGGCCAGUCGCAUGGAAUCCACUGGGGUGAUGGGAAACAUCCAGGUCGUGGAAGAGUGCUAUAACAUCCUGAAGGAGUAUGGCUUCCGAUUUGUGAGGCGGGGUCCCAUCUUUGUGAAGGGCAAGGGGGAGCUGCUCACCUACUUCCUGAAGGGCCGAGACAAACACGGCUCCUCCAUCACACUGCCUCACCAGGUGGUCGAGAGCUGAGGAAAUCACAUGUCCAUCAUGGACCCGCCACUGUACAGGAACUCCAACGCCUUACCUGAAUGGACCUGAAUGAACCUGAAUGCAUACAGCGCCAUCCAUUGGAUGGACACACAAACGUUUGGCUUGCCAAGCUGCAAAAUCUUUUACAAAGUUGAUGUUUUAAUUUCAUGGCUGUGGUCUGGUUGAGAUUGAAAUCUUUACAGUGAUCACCAAUACAUUUGGACGGUUCCAAAUGCUCCAUAAAGGU